AUCCACUAAUUUGAAGGGGUUGCCACAUACUUUUGUAUAUAUAGUGUAUUUCAAUGUAAACUAUUUGUUUCAGGGCACACUGCUUUGGCAAAGAAAAAACUAUUAAGAAUCUGUCACGUCCUGACCAUAGAGUCCUUAUUUUCUAUGGUGGAGUAGGUCAGGGCGUGACUGGGGGGUUAGUCUAGUUUAUUUCUAUGUGGGUGUUCUAGUUUUCAUGUUUCUAUGUUGAUUUGUAUGAUUCCCAAUUAGAGGCAGCUGGUAAUCGUUGUCAGUAAUUGGGGAUCAUAUUUAAGUAGUGUUUGUUCCCACCUGUGUUUAUGGGAUAUUGUAUUUUGAGUAAGUGUAUGUAGCACCUCUGUAGUCACGGUUCGUUGUUCCUUUAUUGUUUUUGUUAAGUUUCAUUAUUAAUAAAUGAUGUGGAACUCAACAUUCGCUGCGCCUUGGUCCGUUUCAACAUACGAACAUGGCAGAAUCGCACAUCCAGGAAAAUGACCGCUGUGCAUGCCUCAGGCAAGGGGUCAGGCACAUGGGCAGAGAAGAGGUCAAGGUCACUGAAGCGAUACAUGAUCGACAUGAAUGUUGCCUGCUGCAGCUCGCCGAUUGGAAUUCGCCUAAUAACUUCAGUUACAUUCAUCAUGUGUUUACUAUUGUGACAGAGAGCUGGUUCUUAUAGGAGGGGAGGCUGUGUGACUCCAGUGGUGUACUAUAUCAUAGUCUAGCCGACUAGAACCAAGUCUACCUUAAGUUAUCGUUUUAUCUCAAUUACCUUGAGUAAAGUAAGAAGUACAUGAUUUACAACUGUCAGUAUUCAGUUGAUUAUGGCAAAUUGGUCUAGAAUACAAACACAUGGAAUAUGUUCUGCUGGCAUUGCACAGUGGGGCCAGAUGGGUUAGUGUGUGGCAUGUAAAAAAAUAAAGGAUAAAAUCACAUGCAAACACUCGGCCUAUUUGAUUUGUAGGUUAUGUCUUGGUGUCUCAUGCAGUUGCUUGUAGUAGUCUGGUGUCUCCUCCGUCAGUAUCUGCGCCAUACAUUAGCAUAGCUCUAGACUAAAGUCUCCCUCUCAUAUGGAUGGUAGGAGGGGCAGGGUUAAAUCUGAUGUUAUAUCUGAUUGGCUGUGGCGGAUGGAGGUAGUGUAGAAUAGUGAUGCUGUAGAGCUUGAGCAGAGUGGACAGAUAUAACUCCACCAGGCAGCGGCUCGAGCUGAUGUUUGACUGCAUGCUGACUGCGCGAGCAUCUCUCGGUAUCUUCCGAUCCUCAGUUUCUGAACCUGGACACACCGUUUCCCGCCCACCGGAGAGGAGAGGAAUACAACCAGCCAACUGCAGGGUUGAAAGGAUUAACAGUUCACACAGAUAGAGUCAGAAAGCCGUGAAGCCGCACAUGACUUGAUGGUAGAGGUGCGCAGCAGGCAAAAUACUUCCACCUGGGAUUUAAAGGGAAAAUAAAAGGGACAACCGUUAAAACCGUUAGACAUGAGAUUCAGCUGGUGAACCUAGUCCCUAUCUGGAUGUCGCGAUAGCCUAUUUGUUUGUUCUCUAAAUGCUCGCGUGCCGUUAGUGUCGCUCUUAACCGGCGCGCGCGCCUCCCAAUCUUUCCCACGCAAGUGAAUCUGAUGAGUCCCCGUAGCCGCGUGUUGUUUCGUCGCCGCACGCGUACGCGCCCGGACUUCUCGCGCUUAGCAGCAGCAGCAUGUCCUCGCGCAAGAUCUCGUCAGAGUCGUUCAGCUCGAUGGGCUCGGAGUGCCUGGAGAGCCCUGGAGAUGAUGGCGACUCCUGCCCAUUUUCACGCAUCUGGAACGGCAAGAGCCCCGUGGAGAAGCUCGCGUGCCCGUUCGAGGACGCACCGGGACAAAAACGGGCGACAAGACGGAAGCGCGUGAACCUGGACUCGCUCGGGGAGAGCUUGAGGAGGUUAACGUCGCCCACGACACAGAUGGUUCAACAGUCUUUACAGAGAACCUUAGAGUUCUACAGACAGAAAGAGAUCAGGUGCAGAGAGGAUGGGGAGGAGGAAAAGAAAAGUGUUACUUUGGAGAAGUGUCCCUUUGUGGAUCAUUGUGGUUCUGGAGAAGAGGAGGACAUCUCAGGAAUACUACAGUACAUGGCUACUCUACAGGGUGUGCAGUUCUGUGAGCUGAGGGAGCGUUUCGGGGAGGAGUUCUUCGGUCUGUGUUUCGAGGAGAACGAGCGAGUUCUAAGAGCGGUGGGAGGCAACCUGCAGGACUUCUUUAACGGCUUUGACGCCAUCUUAGAACACAUCAGAACCUCGACCGGACGCCGUGCCUCCUCAGAGAGCCCCUCCUUUCAAUGCAAAGACCCUCACGAGGAGGAGAGAGGAAGAGGAAGGGAGAGAGUGGAAGGAAAGCUUCUCCUCCUCCAUUGCUUUAACCCCGCCCCUGUCGUGGGAUUGGCUAUGCCUGGUCUGAUCCGAGCCGUCGCACGCCGAAUCUUCCACUCCCAAGUUGUGGUGAAGGAAGCCCCUCCCCUAGCGCCCUUGUCGCCCAAUGAGGACGCAGAACACUCAGGAGGAGACUCCACCCCUACACCGACCCCCUCUCCUUCCCCGUCUGCCCCCGUCUGCCUCUCCUUCCUCAUCAGAGAAACCUCACCUUCCCCUUCCUCCAUCCCUCCCUCCUCUGUCACUCUUCCAACAGAGACCCCCAAGCAGACCCUCCCGCCCCUCUCCCUCUCCCCCACUGACCUGCGCAUCGGUCCAGCAACAUUCUGCAGGGCCUUCCCCUUCCACCUGGUGCUGGGCCCCAGCAUGGAGCUGCUUCAGCUAGGGGAAGGUCUGAGGAGGCAGGCACGGAUCGAGCCUCACCGGACCCUCUCCUUCAGGGACUGUUUUGAGAUCAUCUCCCCUAGGAUCCAGCCCACCUUCCAGGCCAUACUGCUGCGCCUGGCCUCCCCCUUCACCAUCCGCACCCGACCAGACUGCUCCCAGUCAGGCACCAAGGAGAAGGUGAUGGAGGUGAAGGGUCAGAUGAUUCAUGUCCCAGAAUCCUCUACUCUGAUGUUCCUGGGUUCCCCCCGGGUGGACAAGCUGGAGGAGCUGAUGGGCAGGGGCCUCUACCUGUCAGACAUCCCCAUCCACGACGCCACGCGUGAUGUCAUACUGGUGGGACAGCAGGCCAAGGCACAGGACGGCCUCAAGAACAGGAUGGACAAACUCAAGGCCACUCUAGAAAAGACACACCAAGCUCUAGAAGAGGAGAAGAGGAGGACAGUAGACCUUCUCUACUCCAUUUUUCCUGGUGACGUGGCCCAGAAGCUGUGGCAGGGGGAGUCUGUCCCCGCCAGGAAGUUUGAUGAUGUCACCAUGUUGUUUUCUGACAUCGUGGGCUUCACUGCAGUGUGUGCCCAGUGUACCCCCAUGCAGGUCAUCAGCAUGCUCAACGAGCUCUACACACGCUUCGACUACCAGUGUGGAAUACUGGAUGUGUAUAAGAUUGAGACUAUAGGCGACGCCUACUGUGUUGCGGGCGGGCUCCACCAGAAGAUUGACAGCCAUGCCAAGCCAAUCGCACUCAUGGCCCUGAAGAUGAUGGAGCUGUCAGAGGAGGUGUUAACGCCGGACAGCAAAUCCAUCAAGCUGCGUAUAGGUAUCCAUACAGGCUCAGUGUUGGCGGGGGUGGUUGGGGUGAGGAUGCCCAGGUACUGUCUGUUUGGCAACAAUGUCACACUGGCCAGCAAGUUUGAGUCUGGCAGCCACCCUCGAUGCAUCAACGUCAGCCCAACCACAUACCAGCUGCUGAAAGACGAUUGCUCUUUCUCUUUCGUCCCUCGUUCCCGGUUGGAGCUUCCUGAUAAUUUUCCUAAGGAUAUCCCGGGAACAUGCUACUUCCUGGAGGGGGGGACUUCCCAUAGCCAUGCCUCCCUGACAAGCUCCCGCUCCGCCCCCCCAGCUCCCCUGAGGAAAGUGUCCUACAGCAUCGGCACCAUGUUCCUGCGAGAGACCAGUCUAUAGGCUCCCAAUACACACACAACUCAAACCCUACAGCCAUGUAUAAAUGGGAGACUUAUAGAGAUGACAAUACCCUCCUGCCCCAAACCAGGACUCAGUCCUCUUAACAACCCCCUCGCUUUUCCAUCUAGAAACAGACACUCCUCGCUGCACCAACUACAACCUGUUGUUACCAAGGGCAACCACCCUUUACCCUUCAACCCCACCAGGAAUCAGACUGAAGGUUGAGAGAAGAGGAGUUAAAACAACAAGAACAACAGACAAUAAUAGAAUCAUCUAGCGACUCCAAAACUAAAGCCUUCUGCUUGUAGAACACAGCGUACUGUAACCAUGGAUACCACAGCUGGCUGUCAUCUUGGGCAUGGCAGAUACUGUGUUAUUAUCAACAGCGCUCACAACUCAGUGCCUUCCUCACUAGAACACUACAUACAUACACAACAUGGGAGCUGGCUGAACACACAGGGAAAUGGAACGAGGUCUGCAGCUCUGAUGCUCCCCACAGUGAUGUGUAUGACUCUCCCAAAUCAGUCACUGUGGGAAGCCUCGGUUGUUUUGGUCCAGCUAGCAGCUGAACCAAUGGGAUGUUUGGACAUUUUCUCUUUCAUUUAGCUGAAUGCAUCCACCUCCCAGCCCGUUUGUUAACACUAAACCAUGGACAUAAGAAAGCAGCACAUAAAUACAUCCAUCCACCCCCCUCCAUCCAUCCAUCCAUCUUCCAGCCAGCCGUCCACCCAUCCUCUCCCCUCCAUCCACCCCACUCCAUCCAUCCUCCAGCCAGCCGUCCGCCCAU